AUGACCGAUGCGACCAAAUCUUCGUCGACAAUUACGCCGACAACAUCGACGUCGUCUUCCAUCGGUCCGUCGAUUCAUUCCAGGAUGCCUGCCUUGCAUGCAUUUGAUCCUCGGACGACCACUUGGGAACGUUAUAGAGAUCGCAUGUGUUUUUACUUCAAGGCCAACCAGACAGUCCACGAUGAUGACAAGAAAUCUUUGUUUUUGUGGUCUGUAGGUGAUGCGACGUAUCAUUUGCUUCAAUCGUUAAUUUCGCCGAAAUCAUUGACAGAUGACACGGUUACUUGGGUGGAUAUUCUUACAACGCUAGACUCUCAUUACGAUACAAAGAAGAAUAUCAUGACGUCCACUUAUGAUUUUUAUUCGUGUCAUCAGAAAGUUGGUCAAUCGUUUGCCGAAUGGAAAGAAGAACUUUGUGACAAAUUGCGUUAUUGCGGAUUUACCACGUCCACGUUGAAAGAUAAACCUCAGGAUCGCGCGUUGCGUGAUGCCUAUGUUAUCGGAAUUCGUAGUCAAAAAAUUCGACAAGCGUUANCGCAACGUAUUGAAAUCGAUGCAUUUUUCAGUUUCUUCUCUCAAUUUAUGAUUCAAUUUAUUUUUAUUUCUCCAUUUUAUUUAUUUAUUAUGUCAUCGAAAUCUUUUCGACGCGAAUUCAUACAAAUAAUUCAAACAUACUGGUAUAAAUGCUUUCGACGACCAAAUCGAGUAACUCAUAUCAAUAGAUUCACUAGAAAUUAA